AUGGCACUUAUCUGCUCACCCACGUGGGUUUCCCCCAACGGCCACUCAAACGCUUCCAUCCACAACCUCUCGCACGCUUCCAUCACCAACCAGUCCCAUGCGUCCGUCCACAACCCCUCUCACGGUCACAUCCACAACCCCUCUCACGGUCACAUCCACAACCCCUCUCACGGUAACAUCCACAACCCCUCUCACGGUAACAUCCACAGCCCCUCUCACGGUCACAUCCACAGCCCAUUUCACGGUCACAUCCACAACCCCUCUCACGGUAACAUCCACAACCCCUCUCACGGUCACAUCCACAACCCCUCUCACGGUCACAUCCACAACCCCUCUCACGGUCACAUCCACAGCCCCUCUCACGGUCACAUCCACAACCGCUCUCACGCCCCUUCAGGUACGUCCAAGCCCCUUAGGUACAUCCACAACCUCUCCGGUAAUCCAGCCCCUCCACGGUCAUUUCACCAGCCUUCCGGAUACAUCCAAACCCCCCACGGUACAUCCACAGACCCUUCACGUACUCCACAACCCUCUCAGGUACAUCCAACCUCUCACGGAAAUCCAACCCUCUCAACGUUCACAUCCACAACCCUCUCACGGUACAUCCAACCCCUCUCCACGUCACUCCACAGCCCUCACGGUCACUUCCACAACCCCUCUCACGGUCACAUCCACAACCCCUCUCACGGUCACAUCCACAACCCCUCUCACGGUCACAUCCACAACCCCUCUCACGGUAACAUCCACAACCCCUCUCACGGUAACAUCCACAUCCCCUCUCACGGUAACAUCCACAACCCCUCUCACGGUAACAUCCACAACCCCUCUCACGGUAACAUCCACAACCCCUCUCACGGUAACAUCCACAACCCCUCUCACGGUAACAUCCACAGCCCCUCUCACGGUAACAUCCACAACCCCUCUCACGGUCACAUCCACAACCCCUCUCACGGUAACAUCCACAACCCCUCUCACGGUAACAUCCACAACCCCUCUCACGGUAACAUCCACAGCCCCUCUCACGGUAACAUCCACAACCCCUCUCACGGUAACAUCCACAACCCCUCUCACGGUAACAUCCACAACCCCCUCUCACGCCCCUCUCACGGUAACAUCCACAACCCCUCUCACGGUAACAUCCACAACCCCUCUCACGGUAACAUCCACAACCCCUCUCACGGUAACAUCCACAACCCUCUCACGGUCACAUCCACAACCCCUCUCACGGUAACAUCCAACCCCUCUCACGGUAACAUCCACAACCCCUCUCACAGUCACAUCCACAACCCUCUCACGGUCACAUCCACAACCCCUCUCACGGUCACAUCCACAACCUCUCUCACGCCCUCUCACGGUAACAUCCACAACCCCUCUCACGGUAACAUCCCCACAACCCCUCUCACGGUCACAUCCACAAGCCCCUCUCACGGUCACCUCCACAGCCCCUCUCACGGUAACAUCCACAACCCCUCUCACGGUCACAUCCACAGCCCCUCUCACGGUAACAUCCACAACCCCUCUCACGGUAACAUCCACAACCCCUCUCACGGUAACAUCCACAACCCCUCUCACGUUAACAUCCACAACCCCUCUCACGGUAACAUCCACAACCCCUCUCACGGUAACAUCCACAACCCCUCUCACGGUCACAUCCACAACCCCUCUCACGGUCACAUCCACAACCCCUCUCACGGUAACAUCCACAACCCCUCUCACGGUAACAUCCACAACCCCUCUCACUGUAACAUCCACAACCCCUCUCACGGUAACAUCCACAACCCCUCUCACGGUAACAUCCACAACCCCUCUCACGGUAACAUCCACAACCCCUCUCACGGUAACAUCCACAGCCCCUCUCACGGUAACAUCCACAACCCCUCUCACGGUAACAUCCACAGCCCCUCUCACGGUAACAUCCACAACCCCUCUCACGGUCACAUCCACAGCCCCUCUCACGGUAACAUCCACAACCCUCUCACGGUAACAUCCACAACCCCUCUCACGGUAACAUCACAACCCCUCUCACGGUACAUCCACACCCCUCUCACGGUAACAUCCACAACCCCUCUCACGGUCACAUCCACAACCCCUCUCACGGUAACAUCCACAGCCCCUCUCACGGUAACAUCCACAACCCCUCUCACGGUAACAUCCACAACCCCUUCUCACGGUAACAUCCACAACCCCUCUCACGGUCACAUCCACAACCCCUCUCACGGUCACAUCCACAACCCCUCAAAUUACUCCCAUACAGUUGUUUUUUAA